GGAAGAUCUUGAGAAUCGUUGUAUGGAAGCAGGCGUUGAAAUCGUCACAAGACAAUCAUUUCUUUCCGAUCCAACUGAUGCAGUGCGUAACUUGAGACGCCAAGAUGCGCGUAUAAUUGUCGGUUUAUUUUAUGUGGUCGCCGCACGCCGGGUUCUAUGUGAAAUGUAUAAACAACAGUUGUAUGGACGCGCCUAUGUCUGGUUUUUUAUUGGCUGGUACGAGGACAAUUGGUAUGAAGUCAAUUUGGAUAACGAAGGCAUCACAUGUACUGUGGAGCAAAUGCGCAUUGCUGCCGAAGGACAUUUAACAACGGAGGCACUUAUGUGGAAUCAGAACAAUCAAACUACCAUUUCCGGCAUGACAGCUGAGGAAUUUCGGCAACGACUGAAUAGCGCCCUAAUAGAAGAUGGCUAUGACAUUAAUCACGAUCGUUAUCCCGAGGGUUAUCAAGAGGCGCCACUUGCUUACGAUGCUGUUUGGAGUGUGGCACUGGCCUUUAAUAAAACGAUGGAACGUUUGAAACAACGUAGAAAAUCCCUUCGGGAGUUCACAUAUACUGAUAAGGACAUCGCAGAUGAAAUUUAUGCAGCUAUGAAUUCAACACAAUUUCUUGGCAUUUCGGGUGUUGUUGCUUUCAGUUCACAAGGCGAUCGUAUCGCCUUAACACAAAUCGAACAAAUGGUUAAUGGAAAAUAUGAAAAACUCGGUUAUUAUGACACUCAGCUGGAUAAUUUGACGUGGUUGAAUAUGGAACAAUGGAUAGGAGGGAAGGUGCCACAGGAUCGAACAAUUGUUCGUCGCGUUCUCCGUACUGUAUCAUUACCAUUAUUCAUCUGCAUGUGCACAAUAUCAAGUUGCGGUAUCUUGGUAGCAUUAGCUUUAAUCGUCUUUAAUAUAUGGAAUAAACAUAGAAGAGUUAUACAAUCAUCGCAUCCUGUAUGUAAUACUAUCAUGCUAUUCGGUGUUAUUAUUUGCCUUGCAUCUGUCAUUUUACUAGGCAUGGAUGGACGUUUUGUGAGUCCAGAUGAAUAUCCUAAGAUUUGUCAAGCACGCGCUUGGUUAUUAUCCACCGGUUUUACACUAGCCUAUGGUGCUAUGUUCAGCAAAGUCUGGCGUGUGCAUCGAUUUACAACAAAAGCUAAAACAGAUCCAAAAAAAAAAGUUGAGCCAUGGAAGCUUUACACCAUGGUGUCAGGACUACUUUCUGUAGAUUUAGUUAUAUUAAUUGUUUGGCAGAUUUUUGAUCCGCUACAGCGCAUAUUAGAAACAUUCCCACUCGAAGAUCCUAUAUCGACGACAGAUGAUAUUAAAAUACGUCCAGAAUUAGAGCAUUGCGAAAGCGAACGAAACUCCAUGUGGCUGGGACUAGUAUAUGGCUUCAAGGGUUUAAUACUUGUCUUUGGCUUGUUCUUGGCUUAUGAGACGCGUUCCAUUAAAGUAAAGCAAAUAAACGAUUCACGUUAUGUGGGCAUGAGCAUUUAUAAUGUCGUUGUGCUAUGCCUGAUAACAACACCAGUGGGCAUGGUCAUUGCAUCCCAACAAGACGCAUCAUUCGCAUUUGUUGCAUUGGCUGUGAUAUUUUGUUGUUUCCUAAGCAUGUUGCUAAUAUUUGUGCCAAAGGUUAUUGAGGUUAUACGACAUCCAAAGGAUAAAGCCGAAUCGAAAUAUAAUCCGGAUUCCGGCAUAUCAAAAGAAGAUGAGGAACGUUAUCAGAAACUUGUCACCGAAAACGAGGAAUUGCAACGGUUAAUAUCACAGAAAGAGGAAAAAAUACGCUUACUACGCCAACGACUAGUUGAACGUGAUUCAUCAGGCAAGCCAACGGAAUUGAAUGGUACAAGUACGAAUACUGGCACUGGUACCGGUAUAGGAGCUCCUACUCAGCCAACUAGUGGCACAGCUACUACAUCACUUACAGUACAAGCGUCAACGUCCUCACAUCUAACACCCGCCGCUACGUUAGCAAUUACACAAGAUACGCUCGAUCAUCACACAUGAAAAAACGUGUCAAUUUCCUUUCGUGAUAGGUAACAGCGCCAUAAACCGCAGAAACGAAUUGAAUUAAUUAUUGAAAAUCCAAAAUAAAGCAAAAACGGU